AUGUCGCACACUUUUUUCUCUCCUCCUUAUUAUCGGUCACUCCGGCCGAUUAUCCGCCGGCGAAUCAAAUCCACGGGAUUCGUCUCCGUGAUGUCUGGACGCGAUAGAAUCAGCGAAUUGCCAGAGCAUCUGAUAACUCAGAUCCUCUCGUACCUGCCGACGAAAGAUUCGGUGAAGACGAGCGUUUUAGCGACGGGAUGGAAGAGUCACUGGCUAAACGUUCCCGGACUCGACUUAAACUGCUCUAAUUUCCCUCACGAAGAAGACGAAGUGAUCCUGAGCUUCCUCGACAGAUUCCUCGACUCUAAUUCCGAGUCACGCCUGUCAAAAGUCAAGGUCAAGCCCAGUGGCUUAGAGAUAAACGGGUUAACGGAUCGGAUCGGCACGGCGGUUAGCCUCGGAGCUCAGCAUCUAGACGUUGAGAGCAGCGUCUUCUACCGAGACGCUGACACGCUUGAGUAUCCUAUCGUCGAGUUCAUGCCUCUGAGUCUCUGCACGAGCAAGACGUUGGAAUCGUUGAAGCUGAGGUACUCGGGUCUGAGGGAUCCAGGUGUUGUUUCCAUGCCUCGUCUCAGAUCCAUGGAGCUUCUCGGAGUUUACUGGCAGGAUACUAUGAAUGUGGAGAAGCUCGUCUCAGGAUGUCCUGUGCUUGAAGAGCUGACGUUGGUGAGAGACAUGGAGAGUAAUUUCCAGGAUGAGGAUGUUGUGUUUAUGCGUGUGAGGUCUCGGAGCCUGAAGAGGUUUUAUGUUCCGAAGCACGGAACGUGUGGCGGCAUUUCGUGGGUGAAAUCGACGCUUGAGAUUGAUGCUCCGUGUCUAGAGUAUAUGAGUCUCAAAGAAGAUCACUUUGAUAAGAUCGUGGUGAAGAACCUGACUUCUCUGUUAAAGGUUGAUCUUGAUAUCAAGUUUGUUGUCAAGUAUGGCGUGUUUCUUGAUCCGGAGGACUUCUUGUUAAAGAGAAAGGAAGUCAGUGAUUUUCUCGCCGGGAUAUCAAGUGCCUUUGAAAUUUACUCAAAAGGAGGAUUGGUUCCCAAAUUCAACAACUUAUCUUGUUUACAAGCCGUGUUCCCGAGUGACUUGUUACAGUUUCUGCCUAGCUUUCUUGAGAGCUUCCCGAAUCUGAAACACCUAAUCUUGAAGGUUGUUUUUUUAAGGGAGAAGGAUGAAUUCGAGCUCAUAGAUGUGCCUAGGUGUUUGUUAUCGACUCUUGAGUGUGUUGAGAUCAGAACUGUUCAUGAAUGGGAGGAAGACGAGAUGAAAGUAGCGAGUUACUUUCUUGAAAACGCUGCAGUCCUCGAGAAAUUCUUUCUGAGUCUCACAGAUUAUCCUCGAUAUCUUGCGGAUUCAGAAAUCGGAGAGGAGCUUGAGAAAGUCUCAAAACGUUCACCAACAUGUCGAAUUAUCCUUGAUCAAGAGUUCUGUUGUCACGGUUUACUUGUCUCUCUCUCUCAGACCUGCUCUCGCCAUUCUCGUUGCUCGCGUAAGGUUGCAAUGUAUUCUAGAGAUGAGCUGGAUGAUAUGGAGUAUAGAUACUACAGCGACAUGAAAGAUGGCUACAGGGAGGUGAAAAUCUCAGAUUCCGUCUUCAGAUGUCCCUUCUGCUACAGAGAUCGGAAGCGUGAUUACCACCGGAUUGAGGAAUUGCUUCGUCACGCUUCUUCUGUCAUCGACUACAGCAGCUCCCGUUCUAAGGAUGCGAUAGAGAAAGUCAGACAUCUUGCUCUGGAGAGGUAUAUCAGGAAGUAUCUCAUCAGCCCUAGCCCUCAGGAAGGACCAGAUCCUACUGUUGUAGCAGGAGACUUGAAAGGCGUUGAGAAGCAAUCCAUUUCACCAUGUAUUGUCAAAGCUGAGCCAAUGUCUGUCGAUGAUGUUCCUGGACGAAUUGGAGAGGAAAGGCCAAUGCUUUCUCUUAAAGCCAGCAACGAAGACAAUACAAACCCUGCCAAAAAGGCUUGCCUCGGUGCUGUUGUUAAAGAGGAAGAAGAGCCUGUCCAACGGAAGCUUGCUCCAAAAUAUCCUCAGAGGGAUGAUUUUUUGGGUGGUGGUGUUCAGGGUCCGAAGUUUGUGCAUCCGUGGACAGGGAUCUUGGCGAACAUCAAGAGAACUUUCAAUGUACAACAAGGGAGGUAUGUUGGUGAGAGUGGAACCAAGAUAAAGGAAGAGCUGAUUAGGAAUGAGUUUAAUCCCCACAAGGUCGAACCACUUUGGAACCAGCGAGUUGGUAACACUGGCUUUGCUUUUGUUCACUUUGGUAAAGGGUGGGAAGGCUACGAGAAUGCGACCAUGUUUGACAAACAUUUCGAAGUCAAUCACUGUGGGAAGAGAGACUAUGAUGCUGCUCGUGAGCGAGGUGAUAAGCUUUAUGGCUGGAUAGCAAAAGAGGAUGACUUCUACUCCAGAGGUAUCAUUGGUGACCACCUUAGGAAAAAAGCGGACUUGAAGAGUGUUUCUGGUAAAGAGUUGGAAGAUCAUAACAAGACAUUGACGCUUGUCUCAAAGCUGGAAAACACACUGGAGACGAAAAGCAGCAGCCUUCAACAAAUAGAGAGCAAGUACGAAGAAGCCAGUACAGCGCUUGAUAAAGUGAUGAUAGAGAAGGAUGAUAUGAUCAACAAACAUAAUGAACAAAUGAGUAGCAUUCAUCAAAGCGCACGUGAUUAUCUGGCCAGUGUUUACCAAAAACAUGAAGAGGCCUCUCGGGUUCUUGAAGCUCAAAGGAUAGAGUAUGAAGAGAAAGAGAAAUAUCUAGAAAAGUGUCAAGCAAUGAAUAAGACGGAGCGAAGAAAGCUUCAAUGGCAAAAACAAAAGAACUUAAUGGCCACUAAAGAGCAACACAAAGCUGAUGAAGACAUGAUGAGAUUGGCAGAACAGCAUCAGAGGGAUAAAGAUGUAUUACGCAAGAAAGUCCGUGAGCUGGAGCAAAAACUCGAUGCUGAGCAGGCACUGGAGCUGGAGAUAGAGCGCAUGAGGGGUGAUUUGCAGGUCAUGGGGCACAUGCAAGAAGGGGAAGAUCCGGAGAAGAAGGAACAUAUAGAAAAAGAGAUAGAAAAGGCGAAGGAAAUACUGAAGGAGAAAGUAGAAGAGUCAGAGUUCCAAGAGUCAAUCUAUCAAACUCUUGUUGUAAAACAUGGCUACACUAACGAUGAGCUUCAGGACGCGCGCAAGGCUUUGAUCAAAUCGAUGCAAGUGUUAGGAGGAGUAUUACGUACUGAGGAGCUCACGAUUGGUGUGAAGAGAAUGGGAUUAUUGGACGAUGAACCAUUCCAAAAUCUAGCUAAAGAGAAAUAUCCAGCGGAAGAAGCUGAUGUAAAAGCAGCAGAGCUUUGUUCCUUGUGGGACGACCACUUGAGAGACUCGGCUUGGCAUCCGACUAAGGUCAUUAUAAAAGACGGAAACCCCGAGGAGAUACUGAAUGAAGAAGAUGAGAAGGUGAAAGAACUGAAGAGAGAUUUGGGUGAGGAAGUGUUUGAAGCUGUGAUACAAGCGUUUAAAGAAAGGAACGAGUAUAACGGAAGUGGAAGGUACAUAGUGCCUGAGGUUUGGAAUUUCAAAGAAGGAAGAAAGGCGACUCUCAGAGAAGGCGUGGCUUGUCUGGUCUACUUGUGGGCCAAGCUUAAACCCAAGCCUAAGCGUAAGCUGAAAAGAUGA